GCCUAGACUAGAGACAGCUCGCCUGUCGCUUUAAAAAAAAAGAGGGAGGGAGAGAGAGAGAGAGAGAGAGAGGGAGAGAGGGAGAGAGAGAGAGAGAGAAAACAAAACAAGUCUUAAAAGUGAUAAAACACGGAGUGGAAAGCGAGCCUCUCAUCCGAACUGACUCGCCUAUCCAUGUUGUGCAAAACACAGUCUGUCUCUCGCUGUCUGAUGAAAAUAAAUCGCUGUGUUAUGCAAUGCGAAAGUCAGCUGACUGACUCUAAAGCAGGAGGCUCCGGACGGUUUGCGAAAAUACUUUGGCGUAGUAUUAAAAACUUAUUCUGUAAGCGGUGUGGGAAAAAAAUCUGUGUGUGUGUGUAGACUUUUUUAUUUGAUUUUAUUAACUUUUUUUAAAAAAAAAGAGAACAUUUAAAAGAUUGCACAACAAAAACAGUAUGUUAAACUCGAACAACCCGGAUAAAACCGAGUUUCAAGAUCCCGUCUCGAUAAACGUAGGCGGGCAAAUUUACACGACAACGCUGUCGACUCUGACUCGCUUCCAGGACUCCAUGCUCGGGGCGAUGUUCAGAGGGAAGCUGCCUCUUCUGAAGGACCGAAAGGGCAAUUUCUUUAUCGACCGGGACGGCAAAGUCUUUCGGCACAUCCUCAACUACCUCCGGUCUAGCUCGCUGGACCUCCCGCGGGACUUCAGCGAAAUGCAGCUGCUGAAACGAGAAGCGGAUUUUUACCAGAUCGGACCUCUGCUGGAGGAACUGGCUCAACACGAAUCCGGUUUCCUGCAAGCGGCGGGGAGAAGCGCCGUCCUUACCGCGGACGUGAGCUGCCAAGCCCGGACGCUGCACUUCAACUUGAAAAGGAGCCCCGAAAACUUCGAGCUCUUCAGCUGCACGGUCCAAAUUUACACCGCGAAUGUGUUCUGCACGUCCCGUGCGGUGGUGGAGCUGCUGUGCCGCAGUUUCUCUUACCAGACCCCAGAGGGCGCCGUGCCCCCGCAAGCCGAGGAGGGACAGCCGAACUACCUGCGGCUCCAGUGGACCCCUCGGCCGGCCGAAAUGCCGGUGGAGCUGUUCAACAAGCAAGGCUACCGGCGGCUGACAGUCGCCCCCGUCCCGUCCACCGAGAGCACAGUUGUGCAGGACGCCCGGAGCUUCGUGGAAUGGAUGCUGCAGCUGGCGCUAGCCGAAGGCUUUCGGGUGGACUCGGUUUUUCCCGACUCUUCCGAUAUUUUGAACUGCGUGUCACUGCGGUUCGUGAGAUAUUGAAACGGACAGUACCCCCACACACACACCUUAGUAUUAUUAUUGUUUUCCGUAAUGUAUGGUUUUUUUUUUUUGUUGGUGGUUAAAUUAUUUAAAUGUUAAACAAAGGUCAAUCUUAAGCGUUUUUUGUUUUAAAUAGCGCUUUCUAAUGGAAAUGAUAAUAUACUACUACUAAUAAUAAUAAUACUUGAAGGGGUCUCUGUUAUAAUAGGGUUAAACCAUUCAAAUAAACAUCCGAGCAAAUCUCAGUAUUUCUACUAACUAUUAACCUCAUUAGUCGAGGAAUGUGGUUUUGCAUAUAUAUAUAUAGAGAGAGAGAGAGAGAGAGAGAGAGAGAGAGAGA